UAUUUUUCUUUAGUUUCAUCCGCCGAGUUGUGGGUGUUCACCCCUCCCUCACGCCCGUGGGUGUCCACCUCACCCGUAUCCCCGCGGGAGCUGGCCCCACCUAUCACCCUGGCGGUUGGGGGUAAAAACGCCGCGGUGCAAUGCGCCGGGUGUGAACGUCCUAUCCUGGAUCGGUUCCUGCUCAACGUCCUGGACAGGGCAUGGCACGUGAAAUGUGUCCAAUGUUCGGACUGUAGGUGUCCACUCACGGACAAAUGCUUCUCCAGGGACGGAAAACUCUACUGCAGAACAGACUUCUUCCGACGAUUUGGAACCAAAUGUGCCGGUUGUUCCCAGGGAAUUUCUCCCAAUGAUUUGGUGAGACGCGCCAGAAACAAAGUGUUCCAUUUAAAAUGUUUUACAUGCAUGAUAUGUCGAAAACAACUGUCGACUGGCGAGGAACUUUAUAUUAUGGACGAGAGUAGAUUCAUUUGUAAAGAAGAUUACAUAAGCAGCAAAUGUCAAGGGUCUUCUGAUAUAGAGGACGAAGCAGAACUCGACCAGUUGGAGCACACAGCUAAUCUGUCAGACAGAGACUUUAGUAUUGAUGGUGACAACAGUGCAGAAAUAGACACAAAGGAAAAUGUUUUGUCUAGUAUCACUUUAAAUAACAACACAAACAUUGCCAAUAACAACAAUAACAACAACAACAUCAUCAACAACAAAAACGACAUGAACUCCAUCCCCUCUAGUCCCGAUCCAUUGAAGGACGAUACAGCACUGCUUAAAAUUUCAUCGGACUCUAAUCAUAGUACACAAAGUUGUGACACCAAUGGGAAUUCUAUUCCUCCAAACCCGGGUCAAACGACACCGGAAGUGGACGACAGAUCGUGCGAGGAACUGGUGGAAGGAAGUGGUAAUUCUAAUGCAGGAGCCAAACGGCGAGGACCAAGGACUACGAUAAAAGCAAAACAAUUGGAAGUUUUGAAGUCGGCAUUCAAUGCUACUCCUAAACCAACACGUCACAUCCGGGAACAGUUAGCUCAGGAAACAGGACUCAACAUGAGGGUGAUUCAGGUAUGGUUUCAAAACAGAAGGUCGAAAGAAAGAAGAAUGAAACAAUUAAGUGCUCUAGGUGCCAGACGCCAUUUUUUCCGGAACCCACGUCGGAUGCGCGCGCUGAGGACGGGGAUGUCACCUAGUGAACUAGAUGAGACAGAAAUGAUGGGAGGCCCUGGAUUCGGUUACUUCUCAGAUAAUGGACAGGACUUUUAUGCUGGUUAUCAAGGAUAUGGCGAUUUCUUUCCCGGUCAAGGUGAACCAGGAGGCCCUGGAAACCUAAAUUUCCUUCCUCCAUCUUCGCGAGGGACUCCGCCUCUAAACCUCGACCAGCCUUUACAUCAUAACGGAAACAUGGUUCCGGAUAGUCAAUUUAUGCCAAAUGAUAUGAUGCCAUCAUCGGGGUCACCGGAUUCCCUGGUACUCCACAGUCACGAGAGCCCCUUUGGACCAGGAGGCCCACCAAGGUCCCUAGCGAACUCCUUUACCUCACUGUCUCAUCCUCCACAGGAAAUGACGGAAGCAUGGUGAUGACGUCACAUCCGUUUUGAUAUAUAUAUACACAUAUAUGUGAACAAUUUUUUACCUUUAACCAACGUCAUUCCAAGAUUGACAAUUCGUGUGUAAAGUGGUUGUUAUAGACAUUAUUUAUAAAGUGCACAAGCUGUGUGACAGACUGAAUAUUUUCUUAUGACUGACAGAACUAUCGUAGUAUUCUGGAAUAUCUUUCCGUCGAACAUGAUGAUUCUUUCUACGUGUUCUCAUACAUGAUAAGCCACUGGAAGGGCAGCUAAUUUGCAUAUGAAGCUCUUCAGCUGCAUAUCAAAGAAAGCCUUUUCUUCAUUGAUCUGUGAACACUGUUGUGGAAUGGGUCACUCGGCUAGCCACACACGGACCGGAUUCUCACUCGUGUUUGGACUCUAUAUCGAGACGAUUUUCAUGUUUGUCUCAUUCCAGAAGAAAUAAAAAUAGAGACAUUGUAUUCUUCGUAAUAAUUUAUUCUGUUCAUGAAGGCACCAGCAGUGUUUGGACUGUAAACAUUACCACAUGAAUAUGUUUCUUUUGUUAAUUUUACCCUUAUGAUAAUGUGAUGACAGUCACAUCUUUAUGGCAUAUGAAAUAACAUAAAUAUAAGAAGAGUUAUACUUUUGGAAACGGACAAAUCGUUUCCUUUUGGAAAUGCUAUUUAUUUAUCGUUAAGUUGAGGUAUCGUAGAAAGCACGUGUCGUGAUAUGUUGUACGUCUGUCCGCACUGUUGUAUAUUUUGUAUAUAUAAAUAUAUACAAAUCGCCCUGAAGAAGGGACCCUUACAAGUCCCAAUCACAAAGAUAGUGCAAUGUUCUUUUAUCCAUGUAAAACCUAUGUUUCACAUUUUUGUGUUUCACAUUUUUUAAAAUCUUUUCACCAUAAAGUAAGAUUGUGUUUGAAAAUGAAAAUGAAGUUAUCCAAUUCCCCCAUUCCAUCAUUUCAUCUCACAAUAUUAUCGAAAUCCCACACUUCCGCACUUCCGGAAGUAACUGUUAUUUUCCCCGGAAGUGAUAUUCUAAUAGGUGCAGUGGUUCGUAAUAAAUACAAAAUAAUAAAAUUGAAAAUGCCAUUUAUGAUUGAUUUCUUGUGAAAUUUUCUUGGUAAAUGGAGUAAAUAAUGUCAUAAUUCCAGAUAUAAUACUUUUUUUCAAUUAUGAUAUUUUUAUCAUAAAAGGAUUAAUGUCGAUUUAAUUUUGGUUAUGAAGGUAUGAAAUCUGUAUAUCAAUAUGAAUAACGCAUUUCUAAUCUAACAAACCUUUCACGUGACUCUUACACCUAAGAUAUUCUUAAGUUGUUAUACGUGGACAAAAGACAUUAUUUGUUUAUAUUAAACCUAUAUUACUUAUAUAUAUUUCAUGCAAGAAAGCAAACAUGUAUAUUGAUGAUGUUCAUCGGUAUAUACUGUAAUUUAUAAAUUUAUUCUUGUUAAACAUCUUUAAUACAGUUUUAGAUGUACACGAUGAAACAUAAAAGUAUGACGUAGAUCCGUUCAGAUUCAUUGGUGACUCUCAUGUGUUUCAUUCUUCAUUGGAUCCUGCUCUUGGUGUAGUUAUCGAUGAAUAAAAAUUCUAUCCAAUGUA